AUGAAAAAGAAACUCACCCCGUCAUUCAACAUCAACUCUCCCAUUCCUACCAAGCUUGCUGGCGAGUGCAAGAAAGCUGCCCGUAUCCUUAACGGCUUUAUUGAUCCUGGAGAAGGCUUUGACAAGAUCAUCCCACCAUCCAUCCUUGCCAACGCUAAAGGUCUUGCCAUAUACACGGUAUUAAAGGGCGGUUUUCUUUUCACGGCACGUGGUGGAUCAGGAUUGGUAGUAGCAAGAUUACCUGAUGGCUCUUGGUCCGCUCCAUCUGCUAUUGCAACUGGAGGUAUCGGGGCAGGGGGUCAGAUUGGUGCCGAGUUGACCGACUUUGUACUCGUGUUGAAUACCAAGGAAGCUGUCAAGACAUUCAGCCACUUUGGAAGUAUCACACUUGGAACCAAUAUAUCAGUGGCUGCCGGACCUAUUGGAAGGAAUGCUGAAGCUUCAGGGGCUGCUACUCUGAAACAUAUUGCUGCCAUUUACUCUUACAGCAAAACCCGUGGAUUGUUUGCAGGCGUAUCAUUGGAAGGAUCGGUUAUUAUCACCAGGUCGGAUGCCAACACUAAGAUGUAUGGUCGAUCAGUAACAGCCAAGGAAUUGCUCAAUGGCACUGUUCCUCCUCCACCAGAAGCGGAUGCAUUGUAUCGGGCAUUGGGUGCUAAAUUUCACACAUUGGGCAACACAGCGGCAUCUUAUCGACGUGGUGAUUUGGAUGAAAAUGGGAAUGAUCAAGGCACUGGCAAGGUGUAUCGAAGUACGACUAUAUCAAAACCAGGCACACUUAAACGACCACCUGCUAUUACAGCACAAGCAAGAUCACCUCCACCACCUGCAUAUCAUCAUCAACCAGCUCAUUCAUACGACAAAAUGGAACCAGCACAACCAUCAUCACCGCCCACUAGAAACAUGAUGCCAGCAUCUGCAGCUGCUCCUUCGCCACCACCAGUAGCUCCACGAAGACCAAUGCCUCCUCCUGUUAAACCACGAGAACCCAUGGCUAGAGCACUAUAUCCUUACAAAGGUGAACAACCAGGGGAUCUAUCAUUUGAAGAAGGACAAGUCAUCGUCAUCAUCGAAAAGACCGAUAGUCAAGAUGACUGGUGGACUGGCAAAAUCGGCAACCAAACGGGUGUGUUCCCAGCCAAUUACGUUCAGUUGGAGUAG